UGGAAAAGUCAGGUUCUUAAAAUGGGGGAUUUUUCUUUAUGAGUAAAACAUGGAAAAGUAGAAACACAAAAAGGGUAGAGUACAUAGUCCCAGAGCCAAUUAAAUCCUAAUUCCCUCGCUUUCUCUAACACUAUUUCUCUAACAGUAUUUUAGAAAGCUCCCACCAAGUUUGCCAAAGGCCAAUAUAAUGAUGUGCUACUAGUAUUUAGCUGCUUAUCUUUCAUCUAGUAUACUUUAUAAGUUUUUCAAGAAAAACAGAAAAUGUUCCCUUUUGGAAACAGUAGUAAUGGGAACCCUACUCUCCACAGUUCAGUACCACCAUCAUCAUUUCACAGCUCAAAUUCUUCCAUUUUUGGCCUCAAUGGAAACCAAAUGCUCUUUCAUCAACACGACCUAGAUCAUCAUCUCCCUUACUUACCCUCAAACGGUCACUUAAUCGACAACAACAGCCCGGUGAUGUUUGCAACAAACAAUGUCAUCAGCAGCAACAAGUCAAAUAAGAACAAAAAAGCAGUGAAAAAGGACAGGCACAGUAAGAUUUUGACAUCACAAGGGCAUAGGGAUCGAAGGGUGAGGUUGUCGAUAGGGGUUGCUCGUAAGUUCUUUGAUUUGCAAGACAUGCUUGGUUUCGACAAACCAAGUAAAACCCUUGAUUGGCUGUUCACAAAGUCCAAAUUAGCCAUGGAAGAGCUCAUUGAUGCGAAGAAAAGCGCAACCCCUUCACCUACUAAUAAUUCAGAAUGUGAUGAGGACAUUGUUGUUGUUCCGGCAGCUCCAGCUGAUGAAUUAACGAAAAGAGCAAAGCUAGAGAGAGAGUCAAGGGCCAAGGCUAGAGCAAGAGCUAGGGAAAGAACUAUGAAGAAAAUCUGGACCCAAAUUGAAGCCAAAUCAGUACUAGUAAAGGAACAAACAAAGAUGGAACAAAUAAUGAACCUCAGCGGUCCGAAUAGAGAGGCUGCAACUUCUCGUUACAACAAUUGCACACGAAAUUGGGAUCAUGACAACGUUAAUCCAACAAUUAUGAGCUCCAUGGCUGCAGCUACCAUUUGUUGUACCUCAUCUUCGCAAGUUCAGAAAGCAUGGGAUACAUAUCACGGCAACACACUCUAAAGGGGACAGUGUAAGCUAAGCAAACUUUCCUUUCGAUCGGUUUAAUUUGUACUACUGUAAUGGUUGCCUUCCCUUUUUGUUUUUUUUUUGCAAUCCAUCCCUCUCAGAUUAAUUAAUAGGUAAUGGAUAUUUGCUCAACAUUAAUUAAUUUCUAUGCUUGUAAGUGUACUAUAUGUAUCAACUGAUGCACUAUAAGUUUUGGAAUUUUUUGUGAAGUAAUGUAUCAGAAGUAAAUGAAAAGCUCAUCAGUUGAUCUGAAAUCAAGUCCAAGUCUCAUUUUCUCCUAUAUAUAC